CCCAACCACGGCGCCCUCUGUUCCUUCCAGCCGGUCGACUCCCUCUGCAGUCAUGCGCUCGCCCAGCUCCCUUGCCUCCCCCAUGGCCAGCGCCCCCUUCAGCUCCUCUGCUCGGGUCUCCCUCCCAUGGCGCCUCCCUCUGCCGGCCGCCAAUCUUCCUGCUUGGAUCUCGCCCAGCUCGAUCUCUGCGUCUCCUGCUAGCCGCGAGCCCCUGCUCCCUGAUUUCUCCUUGCUCGCUCCUGAGCCAUGGAGUUCCUGCGCGCUCCCUCUGCUCUCUCUCCAGACCGCCGGCUCCAGCUCGUCGAGCUCCUCCUUGCUUCUCUCCACGGCGCUCGGCUGUUCCUACUCCCUCCCUUCACGCGCGAUUCUCUGCUCUGUGCGCGCGGUAUUUCUCCAGCAUGCCGCGCCGUCCCUGCUCCUCCAGCUCGCCGCGCCCUGGAUUCCAUGGCUGCGCCCUGGGGUUUUGCACGGAGCUCUGCGCGCCCAGCCCCCUCCGUUCUCCUCCUCACCACGGAGCUUUCCCUCCAGCUCCUUCCUCUCCCUCUCGGUUCUCUGUUGGCCGAUGCUCUGCUCGACCGCGCCCCCUGCUGCGCGCGCUCGUGCGCUCUGCGCUUUGCUCGCCGUCGCAGCCAGCGACGCCCCUGCUUCUCCCUCGUCCAUGCCGCGGCGUCCUGCUCGCUCCCUGGUGUCGUGCGGGCGUGUCCUCGAGCUCCCCAUGGCGGUCCUGUGCUCGCGUCGGCCCUAGCUUGGUCUCUCCCAUGACGCGCGGCUUCCUGCGCGAGUUCUGUUGCGUCCAACUCCAUCUCUUCCCCAGCUCGGCCGCCUGCUUCUCUCCGCUGCUUGUCGCGCCCAGCUGCAGCUCGCCGUGCCCUCACUGCUCCCUUCUCCUCCUCUGUCUGCCCAGUCUCCAAGCUCGCCGUCGAAGCUCUCCUGCCGCGCCCCUGGCUCGGCUCUGCGCGCCGCGCGCGCCGCUCCCCGAGCUCACCCAAAUCAGACAGUGUCUCCCUCAGCUCGAUUCCUGCCGUGCAGCUCUCCGGCUCACCGGCGUUUCACCCGUGCGCGCACGCUCUGGCCGAGUUCGGCCCUGUCUAUUUCGCCGCGCUUGGUCUCUAACUCCCUGUGCACGCCGUUGCGAGCUCGUCAGCCACCGUUGCCUUGUCACAGAAACCCCAACCCCAACGCCGUCAUCCAUGGUCACGACCUUACCAAAUGCGUUCGUCGCUUGGCCCUGUGUCGUCGUCGACCUUGUCCGCUGUCGCGUGCUCUUGUUCUUGAUGCGCAUCGCGCAGUAGUUAGGUCUCGCGUGCGUGGUUUUGAAGCUAUGCGCGUUCGUCGUGCCGCGUCGUGUGCCGAUAUUCUCUCCCGACAGACCUCGCCGUCGACCAUGUUCAAGUAAUUGUUCGGCUCGUCGCAUCCCGUCUAUUCGAUAAAACACCUAAAUUCAUAGACUGUCGACGCACUGCUGCCAUACGCGGCUGUCUCUGUCACUUGCGUCAGCUCGCCAGACCUACAGCUCUACAUACGUCACCCUCUCGUAUCGUCGUCGAGCUUGUCGAACCUCGUUCUUCUCUGCUCGAUCUCGUCGAACCCCGAAUCCCGGACAUUAGACAAAAAUAAGCGAGGUCCUUGUGCAUCGUUUAUCAAGUGCUCGGUCGAAGAUUUCAAUCGAAGAUCGUCGUCGAUCCGUGCGUCAGCAAGAAAUCCCAAAAAUCGGGUGAAGACGAAGCUAGCAGCGCGAUAUUCCCCAAGCGCUCGAUAAAUUGCCUAGAUCGGAAAAUCGCUACCGAUCACGCGGAUUCGUGUCAGCUGUGGAAACAGUAAGCUGAUAAAUUAUUCAAAAUAGUUCGAUCGUUGAAUAAAUUAAUGUUUAGUGCGAUGCUCAUUAGGUGCUCGAUAAUUGCGUGAGUCACGAAACUCUCGUCAACUUCGCGAUUCCUGCGAUUAUCAAGCCAGAUUCAGUUUUAGCGAGUUAUUUUGCUAUUCUGAUUAAUUAGCUGAAUUAGUGGACCGAGUAGAAUUUUGGUAGGCAUGUGUGUUGAUAAAAUAUUUUAGUCACUUAUAAAGAUGUAGUUUAAUUUAUAAAGCAAGUGAUAAGUUUAGAACUUAAUUAAUUAAUUGAUAAGUUGUGAUUGGGCU